GUACAGUACUAGUCAGGUCUUCAAGAAGCAUUUGAAGAACCCUACCAAGGAGCAACACACAAGCUGCUUAUCGAGAUAUUGAACGAGCAUUGGCAGUCAAGUGCCGAGAUGGCACGAUCUCUGAGACCAUAUAAUUUGUCGCUAUCAGUAAUCCAGUCUUCGGGUAUGGGAAAAUCCAGGAUGGUCGCCGAAGCCUCUCUCUCCGUAUUUACGAUUCCAAUCAAUAUUCGUGAGGAGCUUGGCCAUGGUCUCGAAAACACAGAGUUUCGCCGUUAUUUUCAAGGACAUCAUGCAAAAAGCGAUCUUCGGCUGCAGGCAGAGUAUGCAAUUACAUUGAGUGUGCUAUUCACAAAGGCCGCCGCACUUCUCGAGAAACCCAGGUUCAAAUAUAAAACAGGAGCAGAGCUAGCAUAUGAAUGGGCUGAAUAUCUCGACGAAGGACGGACCGAUACCGAAGUUGGUAUGAAUAGGAAGGUGUUCCUGGAUUCUGUGGUGGAUGGGGCACGUAAGCUCAAAUUGAUGGAGCUACGACCAGAUGAAAGAGAAAACUGGUGGUGCUCAACACCGGAAUGCAGAAGUCGUGUGACACGUUUGUUAAGGCCAUGGCUAGUAAUGAUGGGGGAGCAGAAGUCAAAUGCAUCAUUUACUUUGAUGAAGCUCACCAGCUUACCGAAUUCGUCCCACGGGAAGAGGACAUGGCCCGGAGUCGCUCGCCCUAUCAUAAUCUUGGCACAUUGCUGUCUGAGCUGACAGAAUUCCCUGUUUUUUUUUCAUUUUUUUAUCUACGAGUUCUCAUCUCCAGAAAUUCACGCCCUCGCCCGCUAGCCAUCCAUCAGUUCGCAUUUCUCAGGGCUUCCGCCUUUUCCCUCCUUUCACCGAGCUGCCAUUCGACAUAUUUGCCAAAAAGG